UGAGGAAACAACAAAUAAAAAAGCAAGUGACGUGAAGCUGAUCACUUCCUCUCUCUCAGAGGAGGGGAUGGGCUUGUUCUCUAAGAAAACUUUCAGAUUCCCUCUACUGGGCUCACAAUAGAGAAGUACAGCAUUAAUUUGUGCAUUGCUAAGUCUUCUGAGGGAGCAUGUCAUUUGUAAGCACUCUCCGUCAGUGGGACGAGGCCGUGGCUUGCGUGGAGCAAAGAGACCCAGACUCUGCUCUCAGGAUAUUCCUCAACAUCGAGGAGAAAAACUCCAAGAUUGCCUUCAACAUUGGCUGUCUUUAUUUGAACAACGAUGAGUUAGAUGAAGCUGAAAAGGCAUUUGAUGGAAGUAUUGGCAAAGAUCAACACCUAGCGGUGGCCUUUUUUCAGAGAGGAGUUGCAUUCUACAAAAAGGAAAGGUUUGAAGAGUCUCUUCUAGAUUUCCAACAGGCGUUUAAGCAGUUAAGAGGAAAUCAACUAAUAGACUACAAACCUCUGGGGUUGAGAUAUAAACUGUAUGCUUGUGAGGUGCUGCACAACAUAGGGCUGGUACAGGCUCAGUUGGAAAAAUGGGAGAAAGCUCAAGAAAAUCUUCUUACUGCUCUGAGCCUGAGGGCAGACGCCAAAUUCAGCCACAUUGACCAUGCUCUGGAUGCCAUACUGAAGCAGAAGCUCUUUCCUCUGGUAGAGAUUCGAGUAGGGCUGAUAUUCAAACCCAAUAAGCACUAUGUGGCAGAGCUGGAGAAAAAGGACUAUCUUGGAAAAGCCAAGGUUGUAUCUUCUAUUGUACCCGCAGAUCAGUUUUCUGGUUUUGCUCCACUUCAGCCUCAAGUUGACAAUGUUCCUUCCACACCAAAAGUCCCAGAAGUACUAAGGGUAUUUGAAGGUGUGCCACACACUGUUCUCUAUGAGUUUGUUCCUGAGACCAAAGAAGAGCUGGCUGUGUUGCCUGGAAACAUUGUCUUUGUUCUUCAGAAAGGAGCAGACAACUGGGCAUUCGUUGUUUUCAAUGAGAAGCGAGGUCUUGUACCUUAUAAUUUCCUUGAACCCUUGGAUAUUGUUACAAUGACAUCAAAACCAGUACAGAUUGAACCAGUAAAUGAAAAUGAUGAUAUACCAGCUCCACCAAGAAGAGCAGCACCUAGUAGACCAGUGGGUACAGACGGCCUGAAAACUGUGAUUGGAGAGACUAGUAACGCUAGUGAAUUCUCAGGCUGCGUUGUGAAAGUACACUUUCAGUUCACCAUUGCUAUCAGCAUUGCACCUGGACAACCAUAUGGAGUCAUUCUUCAGAUGAUAAGCUCUAAACUGAAGCUGCCUGCGUCAACGUUAAUUUUACGUUAUGCCAAGGAAGGCUCGGAUAAGAGGGUGAUUAUUGAGGACUCUGAAAUGGAGGCUGUGUGGAAUAGUGUGAAGGAUGGCCGUCUUACGCUGUGGUGUUCAGUGACAGAGGGUAAAAGUGUGCCUCAUGAGAAAGUGGUUGCUCUUUACUCUUAUGACUCUACUACCCCAGAGGAUCUGGGUUUCAAACAGGGAAACAUCAUCACAAUUCUUUCAAAAGUCAAUGAUGAGUGGCUUGAAGGUCAAUGCAACGGGAAGAUUGGCAUAUUCCCAUCAACCUUUGUCAAAGCACUUAAUGGGGAUCAGAAAUGUAAAUGAAUGUUCAACCAAUAGUUACAACUAAUGUGUUGUUUUACACAUAUUUGGCAUGCUUAAAUUUAAACAGUAUUUUCAGGU